CUACUUUUAAUUUUGAAGGAAACAAACUUAAAUCAAAGUCGCGCAAAUCACGACAUCAGUAUUCAUUCUAACAAAAGAAACCCUAACACUGUUUCUGUUUCCGUUUCAAUUUUGCAGAUCUGAUACGCGCUGCAGCUACUUUCUUUUCUGAAGAUUAGCUCAUUUACACCAACAGUAAUUGAUAGUGAGAAUUCUUAUAGAGUGUGGUGCUAAGGGCAACAAGAAGGAGGCAGGGGAGAACUUUUCUGUAGCUUUUUUAUGUGAUUGAGAAUCCAUUUUUGAGUGUUCUAUAAAGGAUUUGUGGAGUUCAUACAAGGGGAUUAAUAUUCAUUAUAAUAUAUUGAAAAAGGAGGAUGCAAGUUUUGGAGGCUUUAGAAUACGAUGGUUCAAAAGAAGUUGCUUAAGAAGCCGGCUUCCAUGAAGGUUGAGCCUGAGGACACGUUCACAACUGUUCAAGAGGUUGCCAUUUAUCUUCAUAGGUUUCACAACCUUGACCUUUUCCAGCAAGGAUGGUAUCAAAUUAAGAUUAGCAUGAAAUGGGAGAACGAUGACAAUACUUCUUUGGGCACACCGGCAAGAGUUGUUCAAUAUGAAGCUCCCAAUCUAGGUUAUGAUGACAUAUUUGGAGUUUGGAGGAUUAAUGAUAGAGACAACACUUUUUCAACACAGCCUUUCUGGAUCAAAUAUGCAAGGCAGGAUAUUCUUCUAUCUAUCCUGAUUUCAUUCAGUCUAUCUCCUAGCAAAUAUGAGGGUCCAUCUACAUCUGCUGUUAUUUUGAAGUUUGAGCUUAUGUAUGCUGCAAUAUCGGAAAUUGGGUCCGAGUUGCAGGCUUCUCUGGAUGCUUGUCCUGCUGCAGUCCAUGAAUUUCGGAUACCUCCUAAAGCUCUUUUGGGAUUGCACUCAUAUUGCCCUGUCCACUUUGAUGCGUUUCAUGCAGUGCUUGUUGAUGUAAGCAUUCAUGUGAGUCUACAGAAAGCUGGUUCUCACACCUCUGCAUUGAAGGUAUCCAGUGAUUCUUGCAAGGCUGAAGAUGCUGCUGGCGGGAUCGUUAACACAUCUGAUCAAGCUUUGGGUCAAGUGGCUUCUGCAGAUACAAAACCUGUCAUGCUUGUUAAAGCACUAUUAGAUUCCCGCAAUACAUUGCUUGAAGAUCUACAAAAACUUAGUGGAGCAAUUAAUCAAGCUAUAGACAUGACUGAGUUUAUAUCUGGAAUAGAUGCUAUAAAGUUGUCUCAUCCCAUCUUGCAAGUGAAUAUUUCAGAACAAGGCAAGCCACAAAAUCGUUUUGAGCAUGCAAAUGGUUCUCUGGAUUUUCAAAGGGAUCUAUUGCUCUGCACCUUAUCAGAGGAAAACCUAUUGAAAAUUUUUGAUUUUUUGGGCAAUCAAGUGUCCUGCUUAUGGAAUAUGUUUCUGAAUUUCCACAGGGCUACCAAUAAAAAGAUACUGAAAUAUCUACGCGAUGCAUGGGCCAAAGAUCGGAGAGCUGAAUGGUCCAUUUGGAUGGUGUACUCUAAGGUUGAGAUGCCUCAUCAUUAUCUAAAUAGUGGGCUUGAUGAGCCUCCCCACAAUGUGACAUGCAUCAAAGUAUCAGUGGCUGAAUCUGGAAUUUUCUUUUGUUCUACCCAGCCUGCCCAGCUUGCAGCAAUGCGUGCAGAACUUCACCGUCGAAGUAUUGCACAAAUGAAGAUCAACAACCGGUUCAUUCAAGAUAUGCAUAUAUUUGGGAACCCUUCACGAAUUCCUAUUGUAAUUGUGGAACGCGUCAUGAAUGCUCCACGACGUACUUUUAGUGAAAAUUCAUACUUCAGAAAUGUGGACCUAAUAGGUGAGCGUGGAUCACAAGCAGGGCCUAGCUCCAAAUCUGGAAAACAGCUAUCUGGUGUUAGCCCACCACAACAUGGUCGUGACUUGAAGGUUGUUGUCUUUGUGCAUGGGUUUCAGGGACAUCAUCUGGAUUUGCGGCUUAUUCGGAAUCAAUGGCUUUUGUUAGAUCCAAAGAUAGAGUUUCUUAUGUCAGAGGUGAAUCAAGAAAGAACAUCUGGAGAUUUAAGACAGAUGGGACUAAGACUGGCUCAAGAAGUGAUUGCUUUUCUUAAAAAAAAAAUGGAUAAAGUGUCCAGAUCUGUUGGCCUAAGAGAUAUCAAGCUUAGCUUUGUUGGGCAUUCAAUCGGAAAUAUCAUUCUUAGAACAGCAUUAGCAGAGAGUAUUAUGGAACCAUACCUAAGGUACCUGUAUACAUACGUUUCUAUAUCUGGUCCACAUUUGGGGUAUCUUUACAGUUCGAACUCCUUAUUCAACUCUGGGCUGUGGCUUUUGAAGAAAUUGAAGAAUACGCAGUGCAUUCAUCAGCUCACUUUGACAGACAAUCCUGAUCUACAACAUACAUUUUUCUACAAACUUUCUAAGCAGAAGACAUUGGAAAAUUUCAGGCAUAUAAUUCUGCUGUCUUCACCCCAGGAUGGUUAUGUUCCAUAUCAUUCGGCCAGAAUUGAACUGUGCCAGGCAGCUUCAUGGGACUACUCAAAAAAGGGCAAAGUAUUUCUGGAGAUGCUGAAUAAUUGCUUGGACCAGAUACGUGCCCCUUCCUCUGAGCAGCGGGUGUUCUUGCGUUGUGAUGUCAACUUUGAUACCACAACUUAUGGCAAGAACUUUAACACAAUCAUUGGACGGGCUGCUCAUAUUGAGUUUCUAGAGUCCGACAUUUAUGCAAAAUUCAUAAUGUGGUCUUUCCCAGAAAUAUUUCAGUGAAACUUUUUGUUGUGUAACUUGGGUCAUCAAUUUGGUAUUCUCACCCCUUAACUCUAAUUACCAGGCACUGUAGGGAUGGAUUGGUACAUACGGGAACGGAAACACAGGCCAAUAUUAAUCUGUUAAUUGUAUCUUCAUUCAGCAUAAUUUGUGAUUUAGUAACACCGCAAGCUUCAAAGUUAGGGGUUUGAACUGAACCUCCUGUUUGUAUACCUUGGCAGCAGGGAGGUUUAAAUGAAAUUAGCCAUGUAGUUUAUAUGGUCAUCGAUUUAUAAUUUUACGUGAUUAUGGUUUUAACCAUUUUCCUGGGAACAUGGCCAUUCAAAGUGAUAGAAGAGAUGUGUGCACUGUGAAUUACAAAUGUGGUUUUGGUGUGUAAUAUUUUUGUUUUAGUUAAUUGUUUAUAAUAAUCACCCUCAAUCUUCAGUUCUUCACUGCAUUGCAUAAGAUGAACAGAGCAUCAGAAUA